CUCAGCAGCGUUUGAAAGCUCUGCGUCUAUACUCACAUCGGCAUAAAACUCGUGUUUCAAAAAGAAGACGCUGUAUACCAAGUACGGCUGAACACUGACGUUCAGACUGUUAGAAGAUACUAUUAGAUAAACUGGUAAUACUAACAAGUAAUACAGUAGGAUGUGUAGACAUAUUUACGUUUAACAGACGUUUCGUCAGACGCAAAAGUGCAGCGAUGGACAAAGAAGAUAAACAGGUGGAUCAGGUUGUCGAUGCUUUGUUGACUCGCAGCAACGAUCUUAAAAACAACAUCCAGCAGCUCAUCUGGAGGCUAGAAAAUGAAUAUGAAACCCUCCAGUGGCCGGCGGUGCUUGACAACUUCGCGCUUAUUUCUGGACAGAUGAACAACUUGUUGAAGGUUUUGCGCAACGAUAAAAUACCGAAGUUGCGUAAUCGAAUUAUUCUACCUCUGCUGGUAUCACCCGAUCCCGAUCCUGAACUUCAGCGAUUGACUGAAGGUCGCGUGCCCCUUUUUAAUCAUCAAGCGGUGCCGGAUUACUUGCGCACAUUAUGCGAUCCGGAAAUCGAGCAGGCUGAUCAGGCUAUUUUGAUGAAAGCCGGUCAGUCGCCGAAUGACGGCUCGACAAAGCAGGUAGCCUCACACAACAAGAUCUGUCAAAACGUUUCAGAGCUAAUUCGGACCUCCCGAGAAGAGUGGGACAUCGAUACUUCGCGCGGUAUACAACAAACAUCUUCUGCGCCAGAUACGGCCAUGCUCAUAGCCGCAAUAUCAAACGGCAAGCUUCUGCGCGGCGGUAACCAGGGUGGACCCAGUAUGGGUGGCCAGGCUAUGGGUACUCACAGUCCGAAGCCUAUAGGCGCUUCAAUUAGUGGAUCUGUGGGUGGGGGUUCUGGUCCCGUCCCCAACCGAGCUAUGAAUGCGCCUCCUUCGGCCGGCGGCAAGAUGCCCACGGCGACGAUUAAGACAAAUAUCAAGAGCGGAGGCGCGAUGUCAUCGCAUCCGUAUCUACGAUAACCGAACAGAAGGAACUUUAAACUAAAGUUACAUUUGGCCAAACGCAUAUAAAAACAGCCAAUGGUGACGCGGGAUAAUUAUUAUAUUAUAAGUUUGUAUGAAUUGUACGAACCCAAACUGCUAAGAAAUGUGUAUAGUAUUUUGCUUGAGUGUAUAGAGUUAAGAGCAUGAUGCCCAGCAAAUGUGUUGCGCCUAACGAAAGAGAUUGUACAUUUUCCACUGUAUAGAUGAUGUGGAGCCGAUGAUUGGUAUUACACUCAGUAUGAAGUUAGUAUAUAUAUAUAUAUAUAUAUUAUAUGUAUACAUAAGUAUACACAUUAGUAUUAUUAUGACUAAUUAGCAUAUAUAAAUAAAUAGUUUUUGUCUAUGUAGGCAAAAUAAGAGUGCAUCCUAUUUAUCUGUUGUUUGUUAGAAAUGGGACGAGAAUCCGCCUAACUGGGGGAACAAUUUCUGCAGGCAAACGCAGCGGAGUACCUGCACGACAAAUACGGUAUAAUAGCAGAACUCUUAGA